AUGGCUGAUUCCUCUGAAGCUAACCCACAUGCAGACGGCUUCUGCUAUGGGACAUGCAAGGAUGUCAGGGAUGUGACUGAGGUGGAAACAGAGUCCAAGCAGUGGGACAUGACAGACCCUGAACUUGAUCGCUAUAAGGAGCAGAAAUACUGUUCGGAAGAAACAGUAGACUGUAGUCUGUCAGAGUGUAAGGCAAAGAAGGAAGCUUCUCUGAUGGAGAGAGAACGAGUGAGCGAACCGGUGUCUGCAAUGGAGAGAGAGAGGACAAUGCGCAACCUAGUGGACAUGCAAAGAAAAGUUGAACAAAGGCAACAGAGAGACAGAGAGAGGCAACUGCUCAGGGUUCAGGAGCGCCUGUCAAUCAUCCAGAACAGAAAGGCAGAAGAAGACCUGCUGGGCCUGAAACACACAGACAGGAUAAAGCACCUUACUCAAGAUCUACCACUGGAAGAUAAGAACAAGCAGAAGACUGUUGUGAAAGAGCGUCUGGAGCAACUCAGAAGAGAGCGCUCUUAUGUCAUGCAGUCUAAAAGAGAUAGAAAUACCACAGGGUUUAAAGAACUCCUGGGUCCAGUUGCCCUCCAGAGCAGAGACACGGAGGAUGCAGAAGACUGAAUCACAACACAGUCACAAAAAUACCAACAAAUGUACGCUUUUCUUAUUUUGAAUAUAUUG